AGCUUCGUGCUUUCGCGAGCGACAGAAGCCGACAUGCCAGAGAUCAUUGCCGUCCAGUACAGAUCUUUCGAAAAGCCGAUAAUAGUCCGAGAACUGGUCAUGGGCUGCCUGUCGCCAGAGGACUUACCCAAAUUCGUCGACAAACGCAUUAGAACGAUGAGAGAAGAUCCAACCGACAUCUGGAUCAAGGUCGUGGAUUCUGAGACGAACAAGAUCGUGGCUGCAAGCAAUUGGAAACUGUACCUCGGUCCGGAGACGUCAAUGAAGCGACGAGCUAUGGAGGUGCCAGAGUGGCUUACUGGGGACCACGCGAAAGCAGCGCAUGCUCUUAUGGACCCGAUGAAUGAAAUCAAGAUUAGGAACAACCCACAGCCAUUUUUGCACACGUGCUUCACUGAUCCUGCAUUUUGGCGCCGCGGUAUCGGUAGCAAAAUGCUUCACUGGGGGUGUCAGGUUGCAGAUCAGCUUUCUCUUGCGGCGUGGGUUGAAGCAAGUCCAGAAGGAAACUUUCUCUACAAGCGUUUCGGGUUUCGC